AUGAGUAACUCAACAGCGAGCAGUUCAACAUCAAAUAUAAAUGAUUCACUAACACUUCGUGUUGUUGAUGCUCAAACAAGUGCAGAAAAUGGACGUAAAUUUACAAAAUACAAAGUUUCUGUUAAUUAUAAUGGAAGAGAAUGGGAAAUUUGGAGACGCUAUAAAGAAUUUAAUACAUUGAAUGAAAAGCUUCGUCAUACUCGUUCUGAUCUUAAGUUACCUGGUCGUCGUCUUAUAGGAGAUUCUUUUGAGCCUGACUUCGUAUUGAAACGUUUACGUGGUCUUAAUGAAUAUGUUCAACGAAUUUCUCGGAAUACACAACUUGUGAAUUUACCUGAAUUCAUCGAAUUCUUCGGACUUAAUGUAACACCAUCGAAUGAAUCACCAAUAUUAACAGCAGGUGCAUCACCAUCAAUGAAUGAUAAUGAUGAUAGUGCUGCGGGAAAUCCUAAUACGGAGGAUCAAUCUACACCGUCUGAUACUAAUCGAGUUAAUCUGGGAAAGACGGAAAAGACUUCAGUUAAACCUGAUGAUUUCGAAUUCCGUACAUGUAUUGGAAAGGGUUCAUUUGGAAAAGUAUAUUUAGCUCGACAUAAAACUGAAGAUACAAUUUAUGCAGUUAAAGUUGUUAGUAAAGCAUUAAUCAAACGAAAACGCGAAGAACGUCAUAUAAUGGCUGAACGGGAUGUACUUGUUAAAAAUACUCGUCAUCCAUUUCUUGUAUCUCUUCAAUAUUCUUUUCAAACACCUGACAAACUUUAUUUUGUUAUGGAUUUUGUUAAUGGUGGUGAAUUAUUCUAUCAUUUACAACAAGAACGAGCAUUUUCAGAACAACGUGCAAGAUUUUAUGCUGCUGAAAUAACAUCAGCUAUUGGUUAUCUUCAUAAACUUGAUAUUAUUUAUAGAGAUUUAAAACCGGAAAAUAUUUUACUAGAUCGUGAAGGUCAUAUUCGUUUAACUGAUUUCGGUUUAUGUAAAGUAAUGUUGUCAAGUGAAGGACGUGAAGGACGAACAGCAACAUUCUGUGGAACACCAGAAUAUCUUGCACCUGAAGUUUUACGACGUGAACCAUAUACAAAAGCUGUUGAUUGGUGGUGUUUAGGUUCAGUUAUUUAUGAAAUGUUAUGUGCUCGACCACCAUUUUAUUCACGCGAUGUUAAUGAAAUGUAUGAUAAUAUAUUAAAUCGUCAGCUUCGUUUUAUUGGAAAUGUAUCUGAUCGAGCUAAACAAUUAAUUGAGCAGUUAUUAAGAAAAAGUCCAGCUGAACGUUUAGGUACUGGACCAGAAGAUGUAGCUGAAAUAAAAUGUCAACCAUUUUUUGAUCAAAUUGAUUGGGAAAAAUUAGAAGCAAGAAAAAUUCCACCACCAUGGAAACCACCAGUGUCGAGUCCAACGGAUCUAAAUCAAAUUCCAAAAGAAUUUAUUGAUGCUGGAGUAUCUCCCGGUGUAGCUGACCAAUUUAUUGGAAGUGUUACAAAUAAAGGUUCAUCAUUUCCUGGAUUUACAUAUGUUCACGAUGCAGAUCUGAAUAAUUAG